ACUUCUCUCUUCAUAAUUUCUCUUCCAAACCAAACACACCCUAACAAACAAUUUCCUGGAUACUGGAUAGUAUAGAGCAUAUAAUACAAUCAAUAUCUAUAAAUCUCAUCUUUGUUUUCAUGAAACCAGACGAGAGAAAACGCCGCUUUAACGAAGCAAUUGUUAACACACUAUAUCCUCCAUCUCCACAGCAUGAACAAGACUCGGAACCAGAAGAAAACUUGAUCGAAUUGGAAUCUUACACCAGCGUUAUUUCAGCAUUUUUCGUAAUGUCAGGCACUUUGGAUGAAUGUGAAAAUGCCUCAACAAGCGGCGAGGACGAAGAAGAAGAAGAACACGGUUCUGAGACGGAGAAACUCACUAGAGCUCAACGAAAGAGAAUUCGUAAGAAGAAGAUGAAGGAAGAAUCCAUCCUCCGUGGAAACUUAAUUGGCCCGUUGAUGCCUCCAACCCAAACAACACAGGUCGGGGAUAAUGAUCCUCCACCUGUUCGAUCAAAUGUCUCUAAGAAAGGUGACGAGACUACGCGUUCUUCUAACGCCAAGAGAAUGAAGCAGCGGAGGAUGGCGAAGAAGGUUGUCAAAGAAAAGCGAGUUGCCUCUCCAUUGGACAAUUGUAAUCAAGUUUCAAGUGAUGCUGUUGAUGAUGCAAUCAUUGAGGAAGCAUGUUGUAUUAUGGACUGCUUGGAGGAGUUUUGUCCAACUUCAGACCAAAAGUUGAAUCCUUACAAAACCCAUGUUUACUUCGCCAAAAGAUGCGGACAAGAAGUUGCAUAGUGAAAACUUGCAGCAAACAUGCUCCAGGCAGGACUAGAAAGGGCCAAUUUAAGCAUGUCAUCUUCAAGAUUCAAUCUCAAUUAAUGCUUGGAAGCAACAAUGGCUCUACUUAGCGCGAAGAUUCAUGGUAAAUCAAUCAGUAACAUCUCCACACGAUAUGGUCAGAUGCCGAAGCUGGUGUAUUAUCAACUGGGGGGAUAUUGCAAAGAAGCGUCAUCUACGGAAAUUCAGACACUAUGUUUAAAGUGCACUCGGAUGGGUGGUAUGUAUGCUAUUGAAGCAUGAGAAGUGGUGGCCUUGGUCUUUCCCUUCUAUUUGCCCAGAGACUUCUAACACUCGAAAUUCACUACACAUUUAUUCUCUUUCCUCUCUUUUCCAAAAAUUUGCAUCAAUUCUAGCCUUGUCUGUAUCUUCCUUUCUUGUUCGAUUUAGUUCCUGCAUCACUAUGAUAGGAGAAUCCAAUAUCUACUUUGAUUUUGCAACAAAUGAAUCUAAUCCCUACUAUCUCCAUCUCAAUGAAAAUCUCUCCUUAGAGUACUGGUACUCCUCUUCUUGAUAGCAAAAAUUUCAUCUUCUGGUCACGUGUCAUGCAUGUUGCUCUUAUCUUCAAGAAUGAGUUGAAACUUGUAGACGAGACUUUCACUCAGCCAUCACCAACUCAUAUCCUUCAAGGUCAAUGGACUAGGUGCAAUCAUAUGAUUCUGUCAUGACUUCAAUGUUCUAUUUUAUAAAGCAUCAACAAAUCAAUUCUUUGGAUUGACAAGGUGCUCUUUUUUUUUUUGUCUGUGUUUAUGAUAUUCAAGAUGACCUAACUAAGCUUCCAUGUUGAAUAUUUCAAAUUAUUUUAGUGUCUAGCAGGAUUCGAACUUGAGAUCGUAAGGGAAGCACGCCUUCAAAACCUAAAUUUUCACCACUAGAGCCAAACACACGCACACCUAUUUUACUUAAUUGGUAAUAAUGUGAAAAUAAACUGAGAAUUUUUCUACCUACUCGUGAUUGUUCUUGUGCAAUUCCUUGCACUUGCAGCGUUGAAAAACGGGUCUUCAAAAAUACAAGGAGUAAGGCAAAGUGAUAAGUUUUUCAAAGGGUAUCAAUGAACAAUAUACUCGUGUGCCCUAUCACAUAAUGUUGAAGGAAUCCCUUCCUAGUCUUGAUAAAACAUUUUCUUUAUUAUUCGGUCAAGAAUGCCUAUUUCAACUUCCGAUCUCACUGCUCCUACUACAGAAAAAUGUACCAUGAAUUUUCAAAUUGGUUCAAAUGGAAAUGGUCGCGAUUCUUCAUCGUCAUGUGGACGUGACAUAGGUGGUUACAAUUAUGGUGGUAGAAGCUCCAACUGUUUCUACAUUUACCGUUAAGAAACAAAUCAUACAGUGAAACAUGCUUUUUGAAGCAUGGUUUUUCACAAGAGGUACUUUUACACCAAAACACUUAAAUACUAAAUUAAAGUGUAUUAGGAGGGACAAUGAUAUAGAAUUUCAAAUGAAUGUUUUUUCUUCUCUUAAAGGGCGUUUUGCAUUAAAAAAAACUAGUGUCUUACCCGUGCGUUCGCACAGGUAUCCGUCGUUUCCGCGCAUUGUGAUUGAGGGAAAUAAAAGAUGAUAGGAAAAA